AGCUGUAAAUUAGUGACUAAAAUGUCUGAAAAUACGCUAAAUCUCGAGAACCUCCAGAUCAGCAGCGACUUAUUCAAGAGCGUAAAAUGCUAUGUGUCGGGAACGCUCGAUCCAAAGGUUGAAUCGUUGCUCACGACGGGCGGCGCAACAAUCGCCAAAUUCAUGGUAGACUACAUCACACACGUCAUUUGUGGCAAAAACUACGACGAGACUCACAUUUCGGAAGCGAUAGAUUUGUACGGGAAGCCAUCCGUGAACGAAGAUUGGGUCAUUGCAUCCGCGAAAAUUGGAAAACUUGCUGUUGUUCGUCCUUAUUUGCCGACAAUUGGGAGCUCGAGUAAUGGAUUAUUCAAUAGAUUUGUCUUUUCCAUGUCGCAACUCGAUUUGACUGACAGAAAAAACUUGUAUGGGCUGCUAACCUUUUACGGGGGAAAAGUUCAGAAGGUCUUUGAUAACAAAACGACGCAUUUAAUUUGCGGCGCGGCGCAAGGAGCGGCUUAUAAAAAGGCUUUGGAGCUUGGGAGAGUGAAAGUAACUGUCAUAACUCCCGAUUGGAUAACGGAAAGUGUGAAAAAUAAAACUUUAUUGAAUCCGGAAACGUUUCAUCCGCGACUUUUGGUUGCUCCGACGACACAAAAUGUCAAAAUUGUGAAGCAACCAACCCCGAUAAUCCAACAAAAGCAACAAGUAGACGACAGUCAAUCGUUAUCGAGCAUCAUUGGACUCGAUUUCGAAGAAAGCAUCGCAAAAACGGAAGUUCCGACAACCAGUGCGGGCGCUGUAGCGAAUGUCAAUCAACAAAAUGUCUCUCAAAACGCAAAUCAAGCUCCAUCUACUGAACCUAAUGCUGUUCAAAAUCAAAUUUCGACCCAAAAUACCCAAAUUUCGCAACAACCUCAAACGAAUCAGCAACAAAUUCAGCAAAAUCCUCCUCAAAACUCUCAGGUACAGCAAAUAAAUGCCCCACAAACGUCUCAAACAUCGCAAAAUGUCAUCAUUCAACAGCAACAAGUGACGGUCCAAGGCAAUCAAAUAAUCCAGCAACGUCAAGGAAGCAACAUAAUCCCCCAAAAUGUCAAUGUCACGCAAAUUUCACAGCAGCAAUUCAAUCAAAUCGUUCAAAAUCAACAAGGACAAACGCAAAAACAGGGCGGCAACAUGUACGUAUUCAAAACUCAAGCGACUCCGGAUCAACAAAACCCUCAGGGAAGCGUUAUGAUCCAAUCGAGCGACGGAAAUGUGCAAAAUAUGCAAAUUCAACAACAACAAAUCACCCAAGAUGGACAAGUUUUGCAAUCACAAGCAUCGCAACAGCAGCAAUUCAUGACGAAUCAAGGUCAAACCAUCAUUCGAGGUCAAACUCAGAUGCAAAUUCGUCCUGGAAUGCUUCCAAACCAGCAGCAGGGACAACAAAAUCAACAAUUUGUCCAGCCAAUGCAACAAGUAAUCCAUCAAAGACCCAUCGGAAUGGUUCCCGGAAGUCAACAAGCCAAACCUGGGCAACAGCAAAUCCUCGUAAAUCAACAAGCAUACAAUAUUCAACAAACGCGCAUCAUUACGUCGCUUCCAUCGGGUCAGCAAAUCAUCACGUCACAACCUCUGAACCCCCAAGCGAAGAUAAUUCAGCAAAAUAUCAUCCAAGGACAGGGUAACAUCAACAUUCAAAAGCAACAAAUUCAACACAUGAAGCCCGGAUCGCAAGGCGGAACGAUGAUUAUUCAGCAAAAUACGUCGCCAUCACAGCAAAUGCCGAAUUCGCAGCAAUCACAAAUGGGGCAACAACCUAUGGGACAAAUGCAGAUGAAUGUUUCGCCGCAGCAGCAGCAGCAGCAACAGCAACAAACCGGGCAAUGGACUCCCCAAAGUCCCGUAAAUCAACAGGCGCAAGUGCAUCAACAAGUUAUCAAUUCGCCGGGCGGGCAACAAAUUCAAGUUCAAGGUCAACAGCAAUUUAUUCGCGGCGCUCGUCCCCCCGUGCAAAGGCAUUUAAUUCAAUUAGACCCGCAAACGCAUGCCCAGCUACAAAAAAUGGAUCCAAUUAAGAGACAAGAGUAUUUGGUGCAAUUACAGCAAAAGCAGAGGAUGAUGAUGCGACCUCAGGGGAUGCCUCAGGGAAUGUUAGCGACACAAGGACCUCGUCCGGGUACUCAACAAAUACUGAUUCGCGGGCAAAUCCCUCCCGGAUUGAAUCAACAACAGCAAAUGCAAUGGAUUCAGCAGCGACAACCGAUUUUGGUGAGGCAAACAGCUCCCGGAUUGACUCCAAUUGCAGGUCAAGCCCCUUCAGGACAACCUCAGUUUCAAAUUGACCCAAAUUCGACAAAUCAACAGCAAAUCCAGAUGCAACGUCAGCAAUAUCAACGAUUGCAAAUGCAACGCGACGGUCAAAAAACGCCCGGAACUCCCGUUUCGCCACGCGGACCUGGAUUUCCUGAUGAUCCAGCGAACGCCCAGCAACAAAUUAUCAUCCAAGAUCCAAAUGCGCUGCCAAAUAAUGCAAAAACUGCAUUGGCGAAUAUGCUUUCGAAUCGUUUGGGCAAGGAAGAACAAUCCGCCGCAGGCACUUUACGCCUUAUGACGGCACAGCACAAUGCGAACAUGAAUCAAGUUGUUCAACCACGUACUCCGCAAGAGCUUCUCGCGUUACAGCAACAGCAGCAGCAAACGCAGCAACAGCGUCGAACCUUGUCGAAUAUCACAAAUGCCGCGGGAGGACAACAACCGCCAUCGCAAAUGCCUCAAAGUCCCAUCGUGAUCCCCCAGUCGCCAUCCGGGAUUAAAGCUGCGAUGUUUUCCCCGAAUCGCGUUGCCAUCCAAAGACCUCAAUAUUUCGGACACAAUCCAAAUUUGAAACUUCCCGCGGAUCUUUUCCUGCUGGGAUGCAUUUUUCAUAUUGUCGAGUACGACGAGACAAAUGCCAAAGAUCUGCCGGAUUGGAAAGAACUCAUCAAAAAAUACGGCGGAACUGUCGAGGAAUGUUACAGCGGGCGCGUUACUCACGUUCUUUGUCGCACACAACGACAUGGCGUCGUAAUGCAAGCGAUUCGCGAUGGGAAAAGAUGUGUAACAGCUUUUUGGUUAAGUGACGUGAUUGGAAGUAAGAUUUUUCAACCGCCGUGGCAAGCAUUGCAUUUACCUUCGCCGCCAACGUUUGGAGUGCAAAAGCCUUGUACGAAGCAGAUUAUGUCAAUUACGGGUUUCGAGGGAGAAGAGAGAGAUCGAAUUAAGCAAAUGGUGAUCGAGUCAGGGGCGAAACUCACGGAAUACUUUUCGCGACACAAUUCAGUGUUGAUUUGCAAGCGAAUCAAUACGGAGAGUAAAAAGUAUAAGAAGGCGAAGGAAUGGGGAACGCCAAUGGUGAAUGCGAUUUGGUUAAGUGAUAUUUUACUCGGGAAUUUGAGCUUGAUGUCGCAACAUGAUCACACGAAAUAUCAACAAUAUAAUCUGCAGUCGCCGUUUAGGAUUGAUUUUGCUUUGGUUACGCAAAUUAUGAAUGCAUGGAAACAAGCAAUAAGUUUGACACAAGAACACGCAGAACGCUUAAAACGAUGUGCAACAGAACCGCCGCCAAAUUUGAACAAAAAACCACGAACACUGCCGCCUUUGGAACAAAUUCCCGAAGAAAUUAACUGCACAAAAAUGCCUGAUCCUGACAAAGUCCCUAAAGUCAUGUUCUCCAACGUUGAUAACGUCGAUGGAUUAUCAAGAGCUGUAACGGUGCUUGGAGGUCAACUCGUAACUGAUUCUGCAGAAGCAACUGUCCUUGUGAUGACUCGCGUGAAGCGUUCAAGCAAAUUUCUUUACGGAUUGUGCGUUUGUCAACAUAUCGUCUCUUCCAAAUGGCUCGUCGAAAGUGCCAAAGAAGGUUAUUUCCUGCCUUUAGAGAAUUAUCCGCUUACAGAUCCCGAUUUCGAAGCGGAAUACAAAUGUGACAUUCAAAAAGUUCUCCAAUCGCCGCUUCGCAAAACGCUUUUCGAGGGAAAAACUUUUUACGUUACGCCAAAAGUCUUUCCCGCAAUCAAAGAUUUGACGAGAUGGAUCGAGCUGUGCGGCGGAAAAGUGGAGAAAACACGAAGAUCGAAUGCGCGGAUUCAAGAUGCGAAUCUCCAAAUGCCCGGAAGUUACAUGAUAAUCACAUGCGAAACGGAUUUGCAUUUGGUGCAAGCACUCACGAAACCCGGCAAAAGUUAUUGCUCCGUGUGUUCGAGCGAAUAUGUGAUGCAAUCAAUUAUGCGGCAAGUCUUGAAUUUGGAACCGCAUCUCAUCAGGGCGAGCAAAUGAAGCAAAUUAUCACAGAGAAGCCUUUUUUUCUAUAAAACUUCACACAAAAAUUGUUUUAAUUCUUAGAUGUACAUUGCGAAUAUUUAUCCACACAAAACACUUUAACUAUUAUUAUUAUUUUAUUUAAAAAUUACAAAAAAAAAAUGAAAAAUGUUGAAAAUACGAAUAUAUUUUUUACAUAAAAAAAUUCUUUAUGUAUAUUUUUGGCAAAUAUGUAAAUCUAUUAAAAUGUAAUAAAACUAUA